CUAGGAGGUUUAUUGGAUUUAUUCUAUGUUCCAAUUCUUGGAUUUUGAGGGGUUUUAGGACAUAUUAGGGUUUAGAGAUAGAGAGAUACAGAUUGGGGAGUGUUUAUCCAUGAAUGAAUGUUUACACCUACAGCAAUGUCCUCCAAAUUAGUCCCUUUUCCCACAAAUUUCAACUUCACCCUCUGGCCUUCUUCAUCUCUCAACACUCCCACUUCUUCUCUCUUACCCAGUUCCUCUCUCACUUCUUUUUCAACCAGACUCCAUUCACACACCUCCAAAACUCAUCACCAUCACCACCUUCCCCUGCUUGCCAUCUCACCCAACUCCUCUGCACCCUCUCUUGACGACCAAUCUGAAGAACUCAGACAAGCCCAGGAAGCCCUUUUCGAAUUUGUCCGUGGUUUCGGUGUCUCCCACGAGGACUCGGCCGCCAUUUCUUCGGGUUCGCCGCGGUACCUGCAAAUGUUGGUUGAUGGGGUUCGGGAUUUGGACGAGCUUAAGCUGUGGAGCUCGUGGAAGAGCGGUGAGGAAGAGAAGGGAUUGAAGUUGAAUGGGUUUAAGGAGAAGGUGAGUUAUAUGGCAAUGGAGAAAGGUGAUAAUGGCAAGGUUGCAUUCUUGGAGAGUUUUGUUGGGUUGAGUCUAUCUUCGGCUAUGAACGUUGCGAGGUAUCUCUCGGCUGAGACGCUUCCGGGUCUCAUUGGUAAGGUAAAGUAUAUGAAGGAAAUCUUCUUUUCUGGCAGUGAUGAUGGAGGAAUUAUCGGGAAAAACUCCCGUCGUAUGAUGAUGCACUUAUCAAUUCCAGUAGAUGAUGAUUUGCAACAGACAUUAGCAUUUUUUGAAAAGAUUGAAGCAAGACGUGGCGGUUUGGACAUGCUGGGUUCCAAGGAUAUCUCUUUCCGAUAUCUAGUGGAAUCAUUUCCUCGUCUUCUGCUGUUACCUUUGGAUUCACAAAUCAGCACCUUGGUGGGAUUUCUUGAAAAGAUUGGAAUCUCUGGAGAAUACAUGAGAAACACACUUCUUUUGUUCCCACCUAUUAUGUUUUUUGACAUCAAAGUCAUUAAGACAAGAAUGCUGGCUUUGAAGGAGCUCAGCAUGGAUGAAAGGGAUAUUGGGAAAAUGUUACAAAAAUAUCCAUGGGUUCUAUCUACAAGUAUUCAAGAGAACUACAAGGAUGUUAGCGUUUACUUUGACAAGGAGAAGGUGCCUAAAGAAAGUGUUAAUCGUGCAAUCAGAAGCUGGCCUCAUUUAUUGGGUUGUUCAACUAGCAAAAUACAUUUGAUGGUCGAAGAGAUUGGAAGUUUAGGUGUUACAAACAAGAAACUGGGACAGGUCAUUUGUAAAAGUCCUCAGAUAUUGCUACGGAAACCUCAAGAAUUUAACGAGGUGGUUUCACUUUUGGAAGAUGUAGGAUUUGACAAAGAAACAAUUGGAAAGAUCCUUGGCCGCUGUCCAGAAAUAUUUGCUACCAGCAUCGAAAGAACUCUAAAGAGGAAGCUUAAAUUUCUUUCUGCUAUUGGUAUUUCUGAAGUUCACUAUCCACGGGUUAUUAAAAAAUAUCCUGAACUCCUCGUAUCUGAUAUUGACAGAACUCUACUUCCGCGGAUGAAAUAUUUAGUGAACAUGGGAUUAUCUAGAAGGGAUGUUGCGUUCAUGGUUCGUAGAUUCUCACCUCUGCUCGGGUACAGCAUUGACGAGGUAAUGAGACCAAAGCUUGAUUUUCUCAUAAACACCAUGGAGAAGCCAUUAAGGGAGGUGGUAGACUAUCCAAGGUUCUUGAGCUAUUCGUUGGAGAAGAAGAUAAAACCAAGGUUCUGGGUUCUUAAGCAAAGGAAUAUCGAAUGUAGUUUGAAAGACAUGCUGGGGAAGAAUGAUGAAGAAUUUGCUUCUGAAUUUUUACUAGCUGAAAGGACGCAAGUUCCCCCUUCCACCUCCCCUUCACCCUUUUGAAAGGACACAAGCUUUGAAAAAAUAUCAAGGAAGGUCUUCUUGUACAGUGUUUCCUUUGUGAAUAGUAAAGCACAAAUCCAAAUAGUUUCAUUACAAUUUUGUCCCAGGUUCUGAGUGUAUAAUAUAUCAUGUUUUGACAGUGAUAAAAACUGUUCAAAGCUCCAGUACAUUGUACUUAGAAAGUAGAUAGUGUGAAUGCCCCCAAAAUCUUCAAUUUUCUUUGGAAUGAUAUAUGCACCUACACAUUACACCAAAAUUUCCCUCCCGUUUAGGUUGUGGUCCGUGUCAACCAAAUUUGAAUGAAGUUCUUUACAAGAUAAGGUCAUUCCAUAUU